GUUCGCGCUCACGCCCACGGGAAGCGUGACGCGCCUCAUCACGCCGUGCUCUUCCACCGCUCCGCCGCCGCCGCCGCCGCCUCUGCUCCCUCUCCGAGCGGCAAGCAACCGGUGCAACUGAGCUGAUAGUGAGCUGCCAUUCGCUGGCGAGAGGUUGCUCCUGUUUCUUCCGGCACAGAGAGAGAGAGAGAGAGAGAGAGAGAGAGAGAGAGAGAGAGAGAGAGAGAGGGGCUGCCAUAAAUGAGCUCGCCGACGCCAUUACGGGCGUCCGCCGCCGGGAGUUACUCCGGCUCGUCCUCCGCCCUCCACCUCCACCUCCACCACCACCGGAGGCGAGGGCGGGUGGCGGGGGGCAUAAGAAGGCCGCGGGUGCGGCGGUGCAAGAUGAAGCUCAUGUACUUCCUGAUGGACAAGGAGGAGCAGCACCGGAAGAGGGCGGAGCUGGAGUUCGAGGUGUCGGAGCUGGAGGCGGUGCUCGAGAAGGAGAAGCGCCUCAGCAGGAUCCUCCACUGCUCGCUCCAGGGCCGCGUCGUCUGCCAUUGCUGCCUCUCCACGCUCGUUCCCACCAAGAUCAGGGGCCUCCUUGCAGAGCUAGCAAUAGUGGAGGAUGAGAUAUUCUACCUGGAGAAGAAGGUGGACGACUUGCGGCUGCGGCUUCACCGGGAGCGCAAGUGGACUGAUCAGUGCAUCUUUCAGCAGCAGCAGCAGAAUUGGCCGCAGAAUCGCCAUCAGAGGCACUCCAUCUGCAGUCUGGGUGGCCGGAGGGAGCUCCAGGGAGCUGAAUUGAUCCCAAGGCUGCCUUGUCCAGGCAGUGAUGAAGCUCUUGAAUGUGAAAGCAAGGCUUCUGUUGGAUCUGUCUCUAGCAAAGGCGAGGAAGUUGAGCAAAUUCGAAGAAGCAGCCACUCAUUUGAGAAUUUGAAGCUCCCUGAAAGGAAAAUCUGCCUGAGUGGGCCAAACAAGCUCUCUGAGGAGCUGAUCAAACUGACAGUGAACAUCUUCCACAAGCUGAACAAAACAACGGAUGCAACAGAGUUGGAGCUGAGCAGCACAUCAAAGCUCAACAUCUCUUGCAUAGGCCCAAGAAGUCUUGUUCCUAAGUCGUCCUCGAGCGGCGGUGCAGCCAUUAGCUCUCUCAAGAACCGAAGAGCGUCGCUAGGCGGAGACGGAGCAGCAAAGGAGAUUGAGUGCCACAAGAGAUUUGUAGAAUUUACGAAAAGCUCAUUUGAUGUAAGCCGCAUAUCGUCCUGUCUUGUAGACAUCAAGAACUUGAGAAUCUUGAUGCAGAGGCUUUGUAAUGUCGAUCCAAGUUUUCUGACGAACAAGCAGAAGUUGGCAUUCUGGAUCAACAUCUACAACUUCUGCAUAAUGCAUGCAUAUCUUCAGCAUGGCUUACCUCCUUCUCCAGAUAAGCUUCUUGGGUUGCUGAAUCAGGCUUCCGUGAACGUCGGAGGAACAGUUCUGAAUGUUUUGUCGAUCGAGCAUCUCAUCCUGAGGCACUCCCCUGAAGGCAAGCAAGGAAUCAUGGACGAAAGAGAGAGAGAUCUGCAGCUCUCCUACGGACUUGGAUACCCUGAACCCAACGUCGUGUUCGCGCUAUGCAGAGGCAGCCGCUCCUCACCAGCACUGAGAGUGUACACAGCAGAGGACGUGUCGAACGAGCUGGAGCGCGCCAAGGUGGAGUACCUGGAGUCGUCGGUGCGCGCGGCGAGCAAGAAGAAGGUGGUGGUCCCCAGGCUGCUGCACUGGCACAUGCGGGACUUCGCCGACGACGCGGCGUCGCUGCUGGAGUGGGUGUACAGCCAGCUGCCCGGGCGGCCGUCGGGGCAGCUCAAGUGCACCAUCAGGGAGCUGCUCGCCGCCGGCGGCAAGGCGGCGGCGGCCAAGGCGGUGGAGGUGGAGCCCUACAGCGCUGAAUUCCACUACCUGCUGCCUCUCUGAUCCGAUGAAAACCUCAUGGAUGUUAGUUUCAUCCUUCCAUCCAAGCUAUAGGAAGGAAUGUGCAUGGUACAUUUUGUCAGAUAUUUUUCGAGUGUUUUGCUGUCUAUACCAACGUGUAGCAUAUUUUAGGGAUAUAGGUAAGUAAAUGGUUGUUGUUAAUUUGUUAUUAAGUGUAUCAUCAUCUUUUCUUUUUUGUCUCGUCUAGACUUUAGUCAUGUAGUAUCACCGGUGGUACACUUGCCAAAACCAGGUGCUCCAAAGGGAAAAACCAUCCUUACGAAUAAUCAACGAGGCGUAUAUGUAGUAUCUUGUGAUGAAAUAAAUGAAAUAUCAUAAUUUAAUGCU